AAAUUUCUUGCAGAACACGAACAAGGCUCAGACAGAUCCCAUACACACACACACACAUAUAUAUACACAUACACACAUGUAGUAUACAACUGCAGGAACCAUCAAAUGCUUAAAGCUCAAAAGAGAAAUUGAUUUAUUAUGGAAGUAUCUGUUCUUCUACAUCAUCUGCCUCUUUCGUUUCUGCUGAUUCUGCUUCUCUAUGGCUGUGGAAGGAUUCUCUAUUCGAUUUGGUGGAAACCCAGAUUGUUAAGUAGGCGCCUGAUCCGACAAGGAAUCCAUGGAACUGAUUAUAAGCUUCUUCUUGGAGACAUGAAGGAGUAUAUUGCGUUGAUCACUGAGUCAUGGUCCAAACCGCUCGGUCUCCAUCACCGGAUCGUCCAACGGGUCGACCCGUUUACCCUCUCCACCGUACAGAAACACGGUACGGUUCAAAACCCGGUUUGGGAUUUGAAGAACUGGAAAGUAUCGUUUUUCUGGAGCGGGAAGACGCCGAGGCUGAUCGUGCAAGAUCCGAAGAUGAUGAAGGAAGUAUUGGCCAACAGGAAUGGACAUUUCUCGAAACCGGCAUUGAGUUCCGAGAUUCUUGUCCUUACAAGAGGACUUACUACUCUUAAAGGUGAUGUCUGGUCUAUACACAGACGGAUUCUCAAUCCUGCGUUUCACUUGGAGAAGCUCAAGGAGAUGGUUCCCAUCUUCGCGAGCAGUUGCAGGAGGAUGAUAGAAGAAUGGAAGAACAAGUUUGGACUCGAAGAGAGUUACGAAUUAGACGUUUGGCCCGAGUUUCAGAAACUGGCUGCAGACAUUAUUUCCCGUGCAGCGUUCGGAAGUAGCUACGAAGAAGGAAAGAAGGUGUUUGAACUUCAAAACGAGCUCAUAGGACUCGUUCUCGAAGUGAUGCAGUCACUACAGAUUCCCGGUUUCAGGUUCAUUCCAACGAGGAAAAACCGGAGAAGAAAGGAGCUGAACAAAGAAAUCGGGUCGAUAUUGAGAAGUAUAGAGCAAAAGAAGGAGAAUGAAAUGAAGGAUAAGGAGACAGCAAGAGUUGAUGAUUUGUUGGGGCUGAUGUUGCAGAGCAAUGGCGGCCAAGCUGAGAGCAGAAGCAUGACAAUGGAUGAAAUCAUUGAGGAAUGCAAACAAUUCUACCUUGCAGGCCAAGAGACAACUGCAAGCUUGUUGACAUGGGCGAUGAUCGUGCUCUCUAUGCACCCGGACUGGCAAGAGAAGGCCCGGGAGGAAAUCCGGGGUUUUUGCAGCAACAAGGAGAUUGAUUUCGAAGCUAUAAACCGCCUCAAGAACUUGACCAUGAUACUGCAAGAGGUUCUAAGGCUAUACCCACCAGUGAUUGCUCAGUACCAACACGCUUACCACGAGACAAGGAUCGGGGAACAACUCGUGAUUCCUGCAGGGACGGAUCUGACACUACCGACUCUGCUGAUUCACCAUGAUCAUGAUCUAUGGGGAGAAGAUGCAGAAGAGUUUAAACCCGAGAGAUUUGCAGAAGGAAUCUCGAGGGCGUCAUCAUCCUCCAGAGAUAUCCCUCCGUUCUUCCCUUUCGGCUCGGGUCCAAGAACCUGCAUAGGCCAGAAUUUCGCCAUGCUUGAAGCUAAGAUAGCCCUUGUUCUGAUCCUGCAGAACUUCUCGUUUGAUCUCUCCCCGGCUUACUCGCACUCUCCUUACACUGUCAUGACACUCCAACCACAGCAUGGAGCUCAGAUCAUAUUACGCAAGAUCGUGACAGGAUCGUAAAAAAAAAAGCAACGAAUCCUUGCUUUCCUUAUUUUCUUGGUUGCAAAAAAAAUGAUCAUAUCAAAAUCUUCGUUUUCUCUGAGAAAUAAUCAAUUUAUGGGUACCGGA